CACCUCGCUAGCAUCGCUUAGCAUCGCAAAAUCGCAUCGCUUCGCAUCCCUGUUACCGAUGUUACGAACCCCGAACGAGCUCCUAACAGCCUCUCCUCCUGUUCUGAAAUACGCAGGGCAAGAAGCUGGAGAACAUCGUGCACGUGUGGUGCCCUUUCGGGCCUGCCCACUUCGCCAUCUGGCCAAGCGGCCGCUCCCGCGCUUCGACCAAUGUGGACUUCCUGGUAAACCACUAUUAUCAGGUCACGGGCCCGGCGGGUGCGCCACUCGCCCACAUGCUGCUGAAGUGGACGCCCAGUUCAGCAACAUGCGUCUACGCCCAGUUCGCAGCGGCAAGGAGACGGCGCCCAGCUGGAGGGCCUGCGCCGCGAGCGCCUGAAGCAGACCAACCCGGUCUACUACGCGGGACGCGCCAUGCACCGGGGGUGUUGGAAGUGGAUCACCAUCGAGCAGACGGUCGCGCAGCCCAGCGGGUCGGUCGUGGUGCGGUGCAAGCACUGCCAGACGGCCCGGGUCAGCAUUCAGGAGUGGGGCCUGAAGAAGGUGAAGGAGGUGAUUGACCUGUGUGACAGUGAGUAGCGUGCCGGUAUCAUACUUGAAGCGUCGGGGGGCGGUGUUGCAGGGUUUAUGGUUGCAGCGCAUUGCGGGAGUAGCCUGGCGGGCCUUAUAGAGGAAUGGCAAGCGGAUGUCCGGCCCUGGCCGGGACGGCCAUGUGUUUGCCCCCACGGGCUGGGGAUUGCAGCGCGGCGUGGCGUGGUGAGGCUGAUGUCGUGCGUAGUGUGAACGUGCACGUUUGUGUGUUGGUUGGUCGUGUGAGCCCAGAAGCUGUAGAGGGAUAGACUAGCAGGAGCGAGAGACAUGAGACUACUAGGGUCCAGACCAUCGCAAGCCGCACGCCAGGGACUGCAUCCCAUACCGGUCUGCACGUGAGUGCGAUUGCUCGUGAGGUGAAUGAAUGCUGCUACCGGUGUGGCGCAAGCGCCAGUGGGCAGCGGACGGUGUGAAGAAGUUGCACGCUGCAUGAAGAAUGCUGGAAUGAGUUAAAUGGGGCCAGUGCCCCCCGUGGUCCCGGUGCCUGUGAUGCAUUUCGUUGGCUGCGUUGUUCAAGUUUUAUUGAGGCCUGAAAGGUGAUGGUUGCCAUUGAGGGAUGAGGUGCUUGCCUCAAGUCCUCCUGUAGGAGUGCGACAGUUUAGGUGCUCCUUGGCGACUCGGAGGGUAUUGGCAGGGGGCCCUGGACCUUCCAAGUGCUUUGUGUGGGCCUGUCACCUGAACUUGUAAUGCGUCACUGGG